CUUUUGAUUAUUAGGAAAAAAAAACAAAAUGUCAACAACUGUCAACCAAUGUCAAACAAAAAGAAGAUUUCAAGAAACCUCAAGAAACAGGCAUGAGUAACAGGUUACAUAAACUGCACAAAGUGUAAAAAUGAGAAAAUUUAAAAAAUCAUAAUAUAAAACAGUGAUAUACCUAGUUUAUAUCACUGUUUUCAAAAUUAUUUAAAAUAUAUAAAAAUGCUUGGGUUAGGAAACUCAACAAGAUUUAGUCAUGCUAUCUUCAAGACUGGAAGAGCCAACUUAAUUAUUAAUAAUCAAAUAGCCAACUAUGUCAGCAGCACUUGUUGUCCACCGCCCAAAAGACCGUCUGGACGUGCUCCGGGUAAAAGUAUCGGUAGGUGUAUACCUCCUGUUCCUCCAAAAUGUGGCGGUUGCAGACCUCCUAUAGCACCUAACCCUUGCGUACCGCGAUUUCACCACGGCAAAGACACAUGGAAGAAAUACAAGUUUGUCGCUCUGUUUAUUUGUAUGCCUAUAAUAAUAGCGCAGGCUUUUCAUUGCCUACUACAGGACCAUCCACACAAAGGACCGUGUCGGGACUACGAGUACAUGAGAUUGCGUACUAAGAAGUACCCGUGGGGCACAGGAGACGAAACUUUCUUUCACAACGAAAAGGUCAACCAUCUGCCUGGAGAGUGCGAGAACGCACCGCUUGAUUGUGAUUAAAAUAUUGUACGAUAUGAUCCAAUAAAACCUGUUUAUUUGUGCGAAACUACAAUUUCACUAUACUCAGAUAUACCCUUCGAAGUAGUAAUUUAAUUACUAGCAACGUCUAUCUGUAAUAAUGCGGUUUCCCGUUUUACCCUAUAAAUUUUAUUUUUACGACAAAAAGUUACUCUCCACGGAGUCCUAUCAAAUCUACACAAAAAUUUAUGAUAAUAGAUUCAGCGGUUUAGGCC